AUGUCAGGAAGAGACGACAAAGAAAGCACGUCAACCUCAAUUCACGAGCAAGGAAAUAUAUCCCUUCAAUGCCCAAAGUUGACUGAAUCGAAUUACACUCAAAGGGCAAUCCUGAUGGAAACGAUCUUAAAGGCGUAUAGUCUUUGGGAUACGGUUGUUUCAAAGGAAGGGGUAGAUGAGAAAAAGGCGCAUACAACGAAAGCAAUGAUCUUCCAAACGUUAUCGGGAGAUACUCUAAUGCAAGUUACGCAAUAUGAGAGUGCAAAGGAAGUUUGGGAUGCAAUCGAAGUUCGAUAUCUUGGAGCCGAUAUGGUUCAGAAAGCGCGUCUGCAAACUUUGAGAAGUGAAUUAAAUGAAACAAUAAGUAGUUUCGCAAGCAAGUUAGGUGGUAUAAAAUCCAAGUUUAAAAGCCUCGGUACCACCAUUAAAGAUAAGAAGAUUGUAAGGAAAUUACUUAUCUAUGUUCCGAAGAAGUUUCUACCAACUGUGGCAUCCAUCGAGCAGUAUUCGGAAAUAGAUAAAAUGACGUUUGAAGAAGUAGUGAGUAGGACUACAGCAUUUGAAGAACUCCUCAAGAGCCAAAGUGAACCGGAGAACAAUAAUCUGUUAAUGGCAAGUUUAGAAAAUCAUUCCGGAAAUUGGCAUCAUGGUAGAGGACGUGGAGGAUGUUCGUUUAGAGGGGGAAGAGGGCGUGGAUAA